AUGAUAUCACAGUUUCUUUUAAAUUGCUUUUCCCACAGGAAGCCUGAUGAAAUAGCAUUUGAAAAGAGGCAUGCCUCUAAUGUCCUGGAGAACAACCUUGAGAGUGAUGAAAUUUUCAGUCAGUUUGACAAGAUCCAGAUUUGUCAGCAGUCCUUUGAACACAAUGGAAAUGACAAAACUUUCAGCGGGAAGAAGAUAAUCCUUAUGUGUGAGCAAAUUUAUUCCAAAGAUCCAUGUAAUCAGCAAGCUAGACUCAACACAAGGAAAAAAUCUUAUCAAUGUAAGGAGUGUGGAAAAGAGUUUCAUUGUAAGUCAAGCCUAAUCAUACAUGAGAGGGUCCACACAGAGGAGAAAUUUGAUGAAUGCAGGGAGUGUGGAAAAGGUUUUUCUCGUAAGUCAAACAUGAACACAUGUCACAGAAUGCACACUGGGGAAAAACGUUAUCAAUGUAGUGAGUGUGGAAAAGGUUAUCUUCAUAAGUCAAGCAUAAUUGUACAUCAGAGAAUCCACACUGGGGAAAAACCUUAUGAAUGUAGUGAGUGUGGAAAAGCUUUUAUUCGUAAGUCAAGCAUGACCAUACAUCAGAGAAUCCACACUGGGGAAAAUCCUUAUGAAUGUAGUGAGUGUGGAAAAGCUUUUAUUCGUAAGUCACAGCUCAUUACUCAUCAGAGAAUUCACACUGGGGAAAAACCUUAUGAAUGUAGUGAGUGUGGAAAAACUUUUAUUCAUGAGUCACUCCUCAUUAGCCACCAGACAAUCCACACUGGGGAAAAACCUUAUGAAUGUAGUGAGUGUGGAAAAUCUUUUAUUCGUAAGUCAAACCUCAUUACUCAUCAGAGAAUACACACAAGGGAAAAACCUUAUGAAUGUAGUGAGUGUAGAAAAGCUUUUAUUUGUAAUUCACAGCUCAUUACUCAUCAGAGAAUCCACACUGGGGAAAAACCUUAUGAAUGUAGUGAGUGUGGAAAAUCUUUUCUUCAUAAGUCAAGCAUGAUCAUACAUCAGAGAAUCCACACUGGGGAAAAACCUUUUGAAUGCAGGGAGUGUGGAAAAGCUUUUGUUCAUAAGUCAAGCAUUAGAUCACAUCAAAGAAUACACACAGGUGAAAAACCUUUUGAAUGUAGUGAAUGUGGAAAAGCUUUUAAUCAGAAGUCAAACCUCAUUACUCAUCAGAGAACUCACACUGGAGAGAAACAGUAUAAAUGUAGUGAGUGUGGAAAAGCUUUUCUUCAUAAGUCAAGCAUGAUCAUACAUCAGAAAAUCCACACUGGGGAAAAACCUCAUGAAUGUAGUGAGUGUGGAAAAGCUUUUAUUCGUAAGCCACACCUCAUUAGACAUCAGAGAAACCACACUGGGGAAAAACCUUAUGAAUGUAGUGAGUGUGGAAAAGCUUUUACUUGUAAGUCAGACCUCGUUACUCAUCAGAGAACUCACACUGGAGAGAAACAGUAUAAAUGUAGUGAGUGUGGAAAAGCUUUUCUUCAUAAGUCAAGCAUGAUCAUACAUCAGAAAAUCCACACUGGGGAAAAACCUCAUGAAUGUAGUGAGUGUGGAAAAGCUUUUAUUCGUAAGCCACACCUCAUUAGACAUCAGAGAAACCACACUGGGGAAAAACCUUAUGAAUGUAGUGAGUGUGGAAAAGCUUUUAUUUGUAAGUCAGACCUCAUUACUCAUCAGAGAAUUCACACAGGGGAAAAACCUUUUGAAUGUAUUGCGUGUGGAAAAGGCUUUUCUAAUGUGGCACAACUCAUUAGGCAUCAGAGAGUCCACACAGGAGAGAAACAUUAUGAAUAUUGUGUGUAUCUUCAAGCCUUUACUUACCAGACAGGUUUCAUUCGACGUCAGAGUAUCCAUACAGGAUAA